AUGGAAACAAUUGGCCGGAAGGAAGAUGAUCCUGUUUCCAUACUGCCCCGCACACGCAUCUUGCGAGGUGUAUAUAUUGUUGAGUUUUUUAGUUCAUCGGACGUGUCUAAAGGAGCAAAAGAAGCAAGAAAACUCGGUUUUAAAGUACUGGAUACAGAUGCGGCCGCGAAAAUCAUUUUUGUGGAAUCGUCAGAAGCCCGGACGAAACGUGAAAAGCAGAUUGAAGACCUAUCCGCUGUUCACGGAGUACAGAAAAUCCGGGAAAAAUCGAUAAAACGUCCAAGUAAUGAUGUGUCUGCCGGUAUCAUGGGUACCGCGCUCAGUAUGGGUUCGGGUACGUCUGGCGCGCUGGGGCUGAGUGGCAAAGGAGAGAUCAUCGGUAUUUGUGAUACCGGCCUGGAUACCGGCGAUAUCGCUAAUAUCACCAAAGACUUCCAGGGACGUAUAGUAGCCAUUAACAGCUAUCCGAUUACACCAGACUAUAACUCUUACAUAAAAAAUCCCGGCGGAAAUGAUGGACCCGCAGAUCUCGACAGCGGGCAUGGAACGCAUGUGGCAGGGUCCGUUCUCGGAGAUGGAGCCAAUUCUGCCGGGCUGGCUGGCCUUAACGGGCCGAUACGAGGGUUGGCACACAAAGCAAAAUUGGUCUUUCAGGCAGUUGAACAGGAGAUGAAAUGGAAGAAUCCGGCCGACCUGAAUAACCUGGGCCGGUUUAUCCUCUCUGGCAUACCAUCCGACCUGGGCAGUUUAUUUAAAUAUGCCUAUCAGAAGGGCGCAAGAAUCCACUCCAAUUCGUGGGGCGGAGGAAAGCCUGGGGAGUAUGAUAUGCAAAGCCGGCAACUUGAUCAAUUUGUAUGGGAUAACAGGGAUUUCUGUAUUGUGGUAGCAGCCGGGAAUGACGGGACUGACAAGGAUGGAGAUGGUAAAAUUAACCCCAUGAGUGUAACCGCACCCGGUAAUCAAAAGCCGGAUGGGCCAGUGUCUUUCGAUAAUACCAACAAUGUUGAAAUGAUUGAAAUCAGUAAACCCAAGGCAGGAACCUGGACGCUGGAAGUUGUUGGCGGAAACGUACCUCGCGGACCGCAGCCCUUUGCUAUCGUUUACCUGGCUCAUUUAAGCAGUUUGCGCCGGUUGAAACAAACGUUAUAA